AUCGGUAUUUUAUACCAUUUGCUCAUGGAUAGGAUCUUUUAUGAUGAUUUUUGGGAUAUACACGGUUUCUACCCUAACGAAUGGAUGCAUUUAAGUCAGUUCCUCCUGUUUUGUUCUGAUUCUAGAGGGAGAGAGAGAAUGGAGAGAUCAUCAUCGGAGGAAGUAACUCCUUCGGAAGGCACCGUCCUCAUAAACCCUAACCCUAACCCUAACAUGACCUCCUCCUCCUCAUCACUGCGACCGGAGUGGCCAACAAUCGACGGACCACUGGGGCUUUCGGAGGAAGACUCCGUCGGUUACGCCCGUAAGUUCUUUGGCUUCGGCUUCCUCUUAUUGCCUUUGCUGUGGGCCGUAAACUGCUACUACUUCUGGCCUGUUCUUCGUCACUCCACCUCCUUCCCCCGAAUCCGCCCUUAUGUUGUAGGAUCAGCAAUAGGAUUGACGGUAUUUUCUGCCAUGUUAGCUUCCUGGUCCCUCACUUUCACCAUCGGAGGCGAACGCCUUUUUGGCCAUACCUGGGAUGAACUCGUAAUGUACAAUGUUGCUGACCGAUAUGGUUUGACGGGUCUGUUUUGAUUCUAAACUGGAAUUUGUAAACAUCUGGAAUGGAAUCACAUGAGAAUCUGGAAAAAAAAAAUUUGAAACAUUUUGUUUGACAGUUGAAGAAAUGCUUAUGUAUAAACCUAGCCCAUUUGAAAGUUGUGUAAUCGAGUCUUGUUGUUAGGGUUUUAAGAACAAAUCCUGGAAUCGGGUGUUCACCUCUAACCUAUCAAGUAUGGUUAUGGGAAACGGCAAAUCAAAACCGUUAGAUUAUAUUAAAACUUGUAAAGAUUUUAUGGUUAUUGACUAUGGCACAUA